AGAACCACGAAGUCAGCGUCCAGCGACACAGCGGCAGGUACACAGUAUAACCCCGACGAAUCGAGGCGCCACGAACCAUGGCGGCGGCGGCGGCGAGCGGGGCGGCGGUGGAGAGCGUGGUGGUGGUCCACAACGUGGCGAAGCGGCACAACGUGGGGACGCUGGCGCGGAGCGCGACGGCGUUCGGCGUGGCCGAGGUGGUCGUCGUCGGCCGCCGCGACGUCAGCGCCUUCGGCAGCCACGGCGCCACCUCGCACCUCCGCUUCCGCCACUUCGCCUCCCUCGCCCUCGCACGCGCGUACCUCAAGGAUGAGAGGGGGUGUGACAUUUGCGGCGUGGAGAUCACCGACGACGCACAGCCGGUGACUGCCCACCCGUUCCGCAGGAGCACCGCGUUCCUCUUCGGCAAUGAGGGUACAGGACUCUCACAAAAAGAGUGCGAGACCUGUGACUUCUUUGUCUACAUCCCUCAGUAUGGUGGUGGAACUGCAUCUCUCAAUGUUACAGUUGCAGCUUCAAUUGUUCUCCACCACUUUGGGGUCUGGGCUGGCUUUCCGGAACGAAGCCGAGAGGGCAAGAAAUUCAUUGUAGCUGAUAAACCACGGGGGCACUCGAGGGGACUUUACUGUACAGACUCAAUUGAAGCUGUGAUUGAAGAGCGGAAAAUGAGAAAAGAAAAUGCCUGUGAUAUACUCGAGGAAAAUGGAAGUAGCCAUCCUCAGGAAUCAAAUGGUCUAGAUUUGAUGUUUACCGACUAGACUAUGACUACAUACUAUGUCGCCCCAUGCUGUUGUUGAAUCAAGUGUUGUCAUUUUAAAUAAAUUUUAAUGUUGAAAUUUAUUUUCUUGGACCAA